UGCUUGGGAUCGGGCCAUGGAGGUGCUGAUGGCUGUGGGAUCCUGUCAGGGCCCAGGUCUCCCUCGAGGACGGGAUGGCCCAGGAUCUCAGUGAAAAGGAGCUGCUGAGGAUGGAAGUAGAACAGCUGAAGAAGGAAGUGAAGAACCCACGUGAUCCGAUUUCCAAGACAGGAAAGGAGAUCAAGGAUUACGUCGAGGCCCAAGCAGGGACGGACCCCCUUCUCAAAGGCAUCCCAGAAGACAAAAACCCCUUCAAAGAGAAAGGCGCUUGUGUGAUAAGCUGAUGGCCCAGAGCACCUUUUGCCCCUUUUCUGUCCCUCCUCAGCCAGGCCCAAGUGUGCUGGGAUACCCAGGGGCCAAUGGUUACCCCCUCUUACACAUAAAAUGAGUAAAGAUGCUGAAAAACCAACCAACCAACCAACCACACACUGAGUCGCUUGUCA